UCCGGCAGGUGUUGGUCCGGGCGUACAGAAAGAGGGGUUGGAGUCUUGUUCUCGGGGUAUAAAAGAGGGGCAGAGACCUUCCACACAACAAACUGAAAACAUGAACUCCCUGUUGAUUCUGUCCUGCCUGGCCUUUUUCGGCGCAGCCUAUGGCUGUGGCCAUCCAGCCAUCUCCCCAGUAAUCACUGGUUACUCCCGUAUUGUCAACGGAGAGGAGGCUGUUCCCCACUCCUGGUCGUGGCAGGUGUCCCUGCAGGACCAAACUGGCUUCCACUUCUGCGGAGGCUCCCUGAUCAAUGAGAACUGGGUUGUGACCGCUGCCCACUGCAAUGUCAAGAACUACCACCGUGUGGUGCUGGGAGAGCACGACCGCUCCUCCAACUCUGAGGGCGUCCAGGUCAUGACUGUCGGACAGGUGUUCAAGCACCCCCGUUACAACGGCUUCACCAUCAACAACGACAUCCUGCUUGUCAAGCUGGCCACCCCCGCCACCCUGAACAUGCGCGUGUCCCCCGUGUGCCUGGCUGAGACUGAUGACGUCUUUGAGGGCGGCAUGAAGUGUGUGACCUCUGGCUGGGGCCUGACCCGCUACAAUGCUGCCGACACCCCGGCCCUGCUGCAGCAGGCUGCUCUGCCCCUCCUGACCAAUGAGCAGUGCAAGAAGUUCUGGGGCAACAAGAUCUCCGACCUGAUGAUCUGCGCUGGAGCUGCUGGGGCCUCCUCAUGCAUGGGUGACUCCGGUGGCCCCCUGGUGUGCCAGAAGGCUGGCUCUUGGACCCUGGUUGGCAUCGUGUCCUGGGGCAGUGGAACCUGUACCCCCACCAUGCCCGGUGUGUACGCCCGGGUCACCGAGCUCCGCGCAUGGGUGGACCAGACCAUCGCUGCCAACUAAAUAUCCCUCCACCGUCAUCCACAGUCCUCAGUUGCCUGUGUAUGGUCAAUAAAAUAAGCGAUAGCAACACCUGAUAUCUCUAUAGUUUCCGUUUCCUAAUGAACCUAUUUGGCUAUUUGUAUGAGUAUUAGGUAUUACAGAUCAUAGUGCUGCAAUGGGCAAGCCUCUCUUGCUAUCAGCCAGUACUUUUGGCAUAUCUUAAUGCAACAUAAUGCAUUAAAGAUGAAUGCAUUUUCCUCUUCACAAUUGCAAUUUCAUUUGAUUAUUUUCCUAAAAAUGCAUCCAUGUCUUGUAUGUUUCCAUAUCAUUAAACACAUUAAAACAAUAAAACUA